GGCGGCCAUACACCAAUAGGUGUAGUCUGCCCAAAAACUUUAAAGAAGUAGGAGUUCCCUCAUAACAAAGCAUCUUGGAAUUUUGAAUUUAACUUACUUGCUAACGAAUGAGGUCUAGAAGUUCAAGUCGAGUAAGCUUUGCCAUAUGACAUAGCAAUGGCAUAGACUAUAUAAAUGUUAGGGAUGUUUCUGUAUCUUGUAAUUUUAGUUUUUAGCUAAAAUGUAACGUUAACGUUACGUGCUGACAACACCAAGUGGCUCAAACAUCGGCUGGCUAGCUAACUCUUAACGAAAUGUUCAUAUUUUAAGAGCUAUUCGACCAUUUACCUAUACUGUUAAUCUCACUCGGCUCUGAUACUUCAAUUUGAACACAUUUAGCUGAGUUUAUCAAGCAGCAAUUCAGCAUCCUGGUCUACCCCUCUCCUGCUCCUCCUUUCUUGUCCUGGUCCUGUGCACUAUGACCAUGCGUGUGGAUGCCAAAGUUGUUAUGCUUGGGAAAGAGAGUGUGGGCAAGACCAGCCUUGUGGAGAGAUAUGUUCACCACCGCUUUCUUGUCGGCCCCUACCAGAACACUAUUGGGGCUGCAUUCGUUGCCAAACCAAUCCAGGUGGGAAACAAGGUGGUUACACUGGGAAUAUGGGACACGGCUGGAUCAGAGCGCUACGAGGCUAUGAGUAGAAUCUACUACAGAGGAGCCAGGGCUGCCAUUGUCUGCUAUGAUUUGACCGACACAAGCAGUUUCCAGCGAGCUAGAUUCUGGGUGAAGGAACUGCAAAACUGUGACGAGCACUGCAAGAUAUACCUGUGUGGCACAAAGAUUGACCUGAUUGAGAGUGACCGGGGCCUGCGGAAAGUAGACUAUCAUGACGUUCAGGACUUUGCUGAUGAGAUUGGGGCUAAACAUUUUGAAACAUCCAGUAAAACAGGAAACAACGUGGAUGAGCUGUUCCAAAAGGUUGCAGAGGACUACAACAGCAUCUCCUUUCAAUUCUUGACCGAAGAGACCGGUAUUGACUUGGGUCAGAAGAAGGACUCUUUUCUCUAUUCCUGCUGCCACAGUUGAGCCUUUACUGGAUGGACAGCUAUCACUUGCCGUAAAACCAACCUGAAAAUGCAGGAUGGAUGCUACACAUCCCAUCUGGAGCCUGUCCAUUUAAAACAGAGAAAGAAAGAGAGGAGUCCAAACAGUGUUGCUGGUUUUUCUUGGUAGCUUUUUUCCGUUGUCCCAUAGACGAUUAUAUGCUCACUGCAUUUAAAGGAGUCCUUACAAUAGUUGGACGCGACCCCUCUCUCAUGACAAAGGACCUGCCAAGGGCGAUAUCUGAAUGAAGCAUACGAGGAACUAGCACCUCAACCCCACUUAAAAAAAAACAACAACAUUGAUUUCCUCAGUGUCUAUCAACCCACCUUAUAUAAAUGAAUUAUGCUGAUGACACAAAUGGCCUUCAUCACUCAGUCAAAUGCCUUGAGUGAGUGUGCUUCCUAAUGACUUGAUUUGAAUAAGCAUUCUGUGAACACUUGUUUUCAUUGUCUACUCGUCAUGGUGAAAUGUACUUGCCAAAGUAUGUACCUGCACAUUUAUGGUCAUCUAAUAUGUUUUUCUUAGCGUCAUAAGUUCUGAUACAGUUGAAAGUAUGGAAUGCAACUAGAAAGAUUGCACCAACACAGGAAAAAGCUUGUGGGUAAAUGUAAUAUGAUAGUUAUGUCGCCAUGGCUAAAAGUACAAGAUAUAGCUUAUGUGGUCCUCUGUAAGUCAGUUGGUAGAGCAUGGCGCUUACACCGCCAGGGUUGAGGGUUUGAUUCCCUAGGCCACCCAUACGUAAAAUAUAUGAAUGCCUUACUGUAAGUCACUUUGGAUAAAACUGUCUGCUAAAUGGCUUAUUUAUAUAUAUAUACUCAAAGAAACCCUACAUACAGCUAUGUUUAACUAAUGUUCAAUGUAAUCUCCAUCAAGUCACUAUUUCAAUGUUACCGACGCCUCAUCACCGUGGCUGACCAUUGUCGUUACUCCACACAAUGAGAAGUUGCAAUUUUCUGUGAAUGUAUUGUUACUGUUUACACUUUUCAAGAAACCUUUGACCUUUUGAGGCAGUCUAGCCAAUGGCAGAUUUUUACUUGAUUUUACCAAUGUGUGUGAAAAUGUAGCUUAGUUAGAGCUAUUAUUGCAUUUGAGUACAAAGAAAAUUCUGAAACCUCUCUGAGGGUUUAUCUCAGUCCCACUGAAGUUGUGCCUGUAGGGUACUAGUAGUAAGCAGCAGCAAUGGGCCCACAGGCAUGAAUCACAUAUCCAUUAUUAGCUGUGUAUAGAAGGCUCCAUUCAAGUGUACAUACACUUCAUCAAAUGUGUUAUUGCUUACACACACACAGCACCUUCUAUGGUGCCACUCCCCACGGACGCAGACCUGGUGCCUGAGAAAGAGGACUAGUUCACAUAGCUCAUUUUUAUGAAUGGUUUACAGGACUGUUAUUACAAGGUGCAAGGGGCACAGGCACAAAGCAAGAGGUUGUUUGCAGUCCCACGUCUGAGGCCUUGUAGAUAUUAUAACAUGCAUAGUCCCAACACUAUUACAGGUCCACAGAGAGUCGGCUGAUAUGAUCAUUCAUUGUGUGGACUGUUUUGUAGCGUGUUGUAAAUUGAAAAAAUAAAGACUAGAUUUCUGCAA